UGUUUAGAUAACGGGAUACAAUGUCUUUCUCCCCGUUAAUAAUGAGUCAAAACGAUAACCAACGGGUUGUGGUCCGAGAAUAUAUAUUCCGAGAGGAAGAGGAGGAGGGUCUGGAAGAAGAGAAAGGAGAACUUCGAGUGUCCAUCCCUGAGGUACUGGAUUCCCAGCAUGGGAUGCAUGUUUGGCCUUGUGCUUUGGUGCUUGCGCAGUACGCGUGGUUUCACCGCCAAAUUCUUAGAGGCAAGAUGAUUUUGGAGAUCGGAGCUGGCGUUAGUCUUCCUGGUGUUCUGGCAGCAAAGUGUGGGGCUGCGAAGGUGGUUUUAUCAGAUUCAGCCGAGAUGCCCCGGUGUUUGGAGAACUGUCGCCGGAGCUGCGAACAAAAUGAUAUUGUUGGAGUCCCGGUUAUUGGACUGACAUGGGGAGAAAUAUCGCCCGAUCUGCUCGAUCUACCGCCUGUUGAUGUUAUUCUGGGAUCUGACGUCUUUUAUGAACCAAAAGAUUUUGAAGAUAUCUUGAUGACUGUGCGUUUUCUAAUGGAAAGAAAUCCACUCGCCCAAUUUUGGACAACCUAUCAAGUCAGAAGUGCCGACUGGUCUAUCGAGUCUCUGCUCUACAAAUGGAACCUAAAGUGUACCCAUGUUCCUCUCAACACGUUUAAUGCCGAUAAACAAGGUCUUGCUGGAUCUGAUCUUCCUGGAAGGCACACCGUGCAAAUGUUAAUUAUCAUGUUAGAUGAAGAGGCUGCCAGAGGAUAAAUUUGUUUUGCUGCAUGUUUAUACCUCGUUAUUUACCCUCAUAAAUACUUGCAUCUGU